AUGGCUGUCUCAGCAGCACUGCGAUUCAUCAAUGCGUUCCCUGAAGCAACGAGUUGGUCGGUGACAAUAUUGACUGAGGACUGCGAGCAGGGCUCUGACAAGAGCCGAGCCAUCGUACAACGACCGGCUCUGCCAACAAACGCACUCCGAGCUAAUGUGGAGCGUUGGCUGAGACAGCCACAGACCCACUUUUUCGUGAGACCGCAGCUUUCAACCUUGGUGCUGGUUGAUUUGGACUGCUGCAACGUGCCGCUGGACAAGCUCGUGGCACUCAAACCGAGAGCAUUGACGAAAACCAGUGCUCCCAGUAACUUCCAGUUGUGGCUCACUCUCUCCGACUCCAUGAGGGCUAAGUCCAGUCUGGUUGUGGCACGUGAGCUGACAGCCUCUUUGCAAGGCGACAUGAAUGCCUGCACAAGCUCCCAGCAAGGACGCUUACCGGGCAGUACCAAUGUGAAGCCAGACAAAGGUGACAUAGUGGAGCUCGUGCUGGCCGAAACACAGCACAUGGACGAGGCGACAUACUUGAGCAUGACGCCUACCCCGAAGCUCCGGUUUGACCCUGUGCAGGACGAAGUGGCUGUCGGAAGCCUGCCCGCGGCCAGACCUCCCGUGUCAGACAACUCGGCGAAAGAUUGGGCAAUGUGCUGUGUCUUCCUCGAAACGCGGCCACAUGUGUCACUCGAAGACGCAAAGAAGGCUUUGUCUGGUCGCUUUCUUGCCAGACGGCCCAACCAGACCUACUACGAGAACCUCACUCUCGAGAAAGCUUGGCAACGCGUCCGGCGCCUUCCAGACCGUCCAGAACUUCUUGAGCCAGACGUGAAGCGCUUGCUGGCCCAAGAGCUCCAGAAACGCUUCCCGGACCAGCCUACCAGCAAGAAGUGCGCUACUUGCGAGCAAGUAAAGGCUUCUCGCGUCUGCUCCGUCUGCAAAACCGACAUGCCGAGAGACAAGUACAGCACCUCGCAGUGGGCCUUGGGCGAAGCUGGUAAAUGUACGUCCUGCGCUGCUGCAGCUUCUGUGGCAGCUGUGCGCGGGAAAGACUCCCAGCCGAAGAAAGAAAAGCUCUGCAGUGCCUGCGGUGCUUUACGGGGGUCUGGCAACUUCACCGUCUCGCAGUGGCAACAGCCAGAUAGCACGCGCAAGUGCAAGGACUGCACUUGCGCCAGCCAGGCUACUACCUCCAAAGUCUGCGUCGUCUGUCAGGAAGACAAACCGAAGGAAUGCUUCGCCAAGUCCCAGUGGCAGAAGCCACUGAAAAUCGGCAGCACUUGCAAGGACUGCUGUCGCACGAGGCUGCAGCAGGGCCAGGAUGACUCUGUCAACAACCACACCGGCCAGCAUGGAACGGGUGCCGAAGAGUCACUCUGGCCUCGAGAUGCUGACAAGGCUACGGCCGUGCGCUUCAUCAUGGCGGCUGACGACGACGUGCUCCCGUCAACCGACCUCAAAGCGUACCAGGCUGUGCAAGCUACGAUGGGCCGUGCAGACUGGACUGCGCUGCGUAUGCAGCCCGACAGCAGCGGCAUCUCAGUGCCCGACAAGAUCAACUACCUCUACCAAGCACACCUUGACCUGUGCCACCUCAGAGGACGUGCUGGCAUCGUUUCGGCUCUGAAAAGCGAAGGUCUGAACUGGUGCAAUAUUUCCUUGGACGCUUCCUGGUGCGUCGCAAGGUGCGAGCAGUGUCGCGCCAGAACAACGAGGCAGUGCAUCAGGCCACAGUCACGACACCUACCGACACCAGGACUAGCAGGUCAGGUGGUCGGCGUGGACCUCAAGAGAGUGACCCCGCACGAUACCUCCCCUCGCUGGUGCAUGCUCGUCUGCGUGGACUUUGCCACGUGGCGUGUUUCUGCUUGGUCACUCGAUGAUGGCGCCGCAACCGUCGGCAACGUCCAGGGAGUCUUGAUCAGGUAUUUCCAAGACUUCGACCUUCCCAUCUGCGUUCACUCUGACAACGGCUCUCAGUUUACCAGUGUCAUCUCCGAGGCACUCAAGCGGGCGAUUGGCCUUCGCAACCGGACGAUCCCACCGGGUCAUCCGCAGAGUAACGGCUUGACGGAGUGCAUGAAUCGUGUGCUUGACUAUGCUCACGGAGGGGUCCGGGAGAGAUUGCAGGCAGCAGUGCUUGCAUACAACUCCGCACCUCUGCAGAAGUUCGGGGUGGCGCCCGAAACUCUUUGGUGGGUGAUGCGGCCCUUGGAAUCUCGAUGGCGUAAUGUGGGCCUCAGGCAGAUCCUGUCUGAAGAGGCAGAGAUGACAGAUGAGCAGUGGCUCGACUUCCUGCGCAAGGAUCAAGCAUUGGGACCAGAGCAUUACAAGAAGAUGGCGGACGACUUCCAUGUCAGAUUACAGCCCAUUCAGGCUGCCGUCGAGAACGCGCAUAUGCGGGCAGCACUCAAGAAAGAUAUCGCAUGCAAGCGCAAACGAGCAGCUGUGGAUGUCAUCCUCGUGACCGGAGACAGGGUCAUCGCAAAAAAUUCCCAGUACACCAGUAAGUCUGGCGGGGGUAAAUUCCUUUGUCGGGCCGGACGGGUUCGUGACUUCGUGGUGCUCGAGAACAGCGCCGGCAGUGUGAAGCUCCAAGCAAACGAUACAGGAGAAGUGCUCGUGAGACAUGAGGGAGACUUGAAACUUUUGCCCAAAGCUCAGCCUCCAGAACCUGCAAGCACUCCUCUCGAGAGACCGCAGAAGCGCAUCCGAAGCAAGGGCCCCUCCGGUGCCUGA